AAACCCUCGUUUGCUCCAAUUCCUUCCUCUCUGUAACAUUUCCAGUCGCCAAACGCGAAGCUGAUAAAAGCUCGCGACUUUUAUUCAAAGUGCGCCGCCGGCGGUAUUAGAAGACCAAUCAGAGCUAAUGGGAGACCCAAAUCAGAUGGCUCCGAAGCUUCCAGUCGCUGGGAAACGCAACGUCCUCAUCACCAGCGCCUUGCCUUACGUCAACAACGUCCCUCAUCUCGGCAACAUCAUCGGAUGUGUCUUAAGCGCCGACGUUUUUGCUCGCUAUUGCCGGUUGCGAGGCUAUAAUGCUAUAUAUAUUUGUGGAACCGAUGAGUACGGAACAACGACGGAGACUAAAGCCGUGGAAGAGAAUUGUACUCCUCAAGAGAUUUGUGACAAGUAUCAUGCACUUCAUAAGGAAGUUUAUGAUUGGUUUGAUAUAAGUUUCGAUAAGUUUGGAAGAACAUCGAGUCCGGAACAAACUGAAGUUUGCCAAGCAAUUUUCAAGAAGCUAUGGGAGAACAAUUGGCUUACGGAGAAACCAAUGCAACAGCUUUUUUGUGAUACAUGCCAACGAUUCCUGGCUGAUCGGCUUGUGGAAGGAACCUGUCCAGAUGGAGGGUGUAACUACAAUUCUGCUCGUGGAGAUCAAUGUGAAAAGUGCGGGAAGCUUUUGAAUCCUACUGAACUAAAAGAACCUAGGUGCAAGGCCUGCCAAAAUACUCCACGCAUUCGUGACACAAGGCACUUAUUUCUUGAGCUUCCUUUGCUAAAGGAUAAAUUAGUUGAGUACAUCAACAAAAUGUCAGUUGAUGGUUCUUGGAGCCAAAAUGCUAUUAAUACAACACAAGCUUGGCUCACAGAAGGACUUAAAGCUCGGUGUAUUACCAGAGACUUGAAGUGGGGGGUUCCUGUUCCACACGAGAAUUUUAAGGACAAGGUUUUCUAUGUCUGGUUUGAUGCACCUAUUGGAUAUGUCUCAAUUACUAAAUGCUACACAUCUGAUUGGGAAAAAUGGUGGAAAAAUCCUGAAAAUGUGGAGCUGUUUCAGUUCAUGGGAAAAGACAAUGUACCAUUUCAUACUGUGAUGUUUCCAUCAACUCUUCUUGGGACCCGUGAAAACUGGACAUUGAUGAAAAGCAUCAGUGUUACAGAGUAUUUAAAUUACGAAGCUGGGAAGUUCUCCAAGAGUAAAGGCAUAGGAGUUUUUGGCAAUGAUGUAAAGGAUACAAAAAUACCUGUAGAAGUGUGGAGAUAUUACUUGUUAACCAAUAGACCUGAGGUUUCUGACACCUUGUUUACAUGGGACGACUUGCAAGCAAAACUGAAUAAUGAGUUGCUUAGUAAUUUGGGCAACUUCAUCAAUCGAGUGUUGAGCUUUAUUGCAAAACCUCCUGGUCAAGGAUAUGGUUCCAUUAUUCCUGAUUCUCCAACUGCUGAGUCACAUCCCUUGACAAAGGCUUUAAGUGAGAAAGUUGGUAAACAUGUAGAGCAAUAUAUUGAAGCCAUGGAGAAGGUGAAAUUAAAGCAAGGAUUAAGAACUGCAAUGAGCCUCUCAGGUGAAGGAAAUGCAUAUCUGCAAGAAAGCCAAUUUUGGAAGCUUUACAAAGAAGACCAACCUUCUUGUUCAAUUGUUAUGAGAACUGCAGUGGGGCUAGUGCAUAUUCUUGCAUGCCUAUUGGAACCUUUUAUUCCAUCUUUUUCUGUUGAGGUAUUUAAGCAACUUAAUUUGCCUCCUCAAGCACAAAUUUCCCUUUGUGAUGAGAAAGGAGACAUCGAUAAGGCUUCAAGACCGUGGGAGAUAAUACCAGCUGGGCAUAAAAUUGGAGAUCCAAAACCUUUAUUUGAGGAACUGAAAACUGAAAGAGUUGAAGAGCUAAGGCAACAAUAUGCCGGAAGUCAAGCUGAUAGGCGUGCAAGGGCAGAAGCCGAUGCUGCAAAGACUGCUGAGCAACUGAAGAAAACAAAAAUUUCAGAUAGCAAGAAAGAGAAGGCUAAGAAAUCUUCAGCCAACUCUAAAGAAAAGCCCACUGCUGAACCGGAAAUUUCCAUCACAAGACUCGAUAUUCGGGUUGGCAAGAUUAUAAAAGCUCAAAAGCAUCCCGAUGCUGAUUCUCUGUAUGUUGAAGAGAUCGAUGUGGGUGAAGCCCAGCCUCGAACAGUUGUUAGUGGGCUCGUGAAAUAUAUUCCUUUGGAAGAGAUGCAGGACCGGAUGGUUUGUGUUCUUUGUAAUUUGAAGCCCGCAACCAUGCGCGGUAUAAAAUCACAUGCAAUGGUUCUUGCAGCUUCGAACAAUGACCACACCAAGGUGGAAUUGGUUGAACCACCAAAGUCGGCCAAGGUCGGAGAGCGAGUUACCUUUCCUGGUUUCACGGGCGAGCCUGAUGAUGUGUUAAACCCAAAGAAAAAGGUUUGGGAAACUCUACAAGUGGAUCUCCACAGUGAUGCAAAUCUGGUGGCCUGUUAUAAAGAUAUUCCUUUGACCACAUCUGCUGGGAUUUGCAAAGUUUCCUCCAUUACCAAUGGGUCAAUUAGAUAAAGAUGGCUACAUCAAGCCAUUUAUCCCAAAGAAGAAAUUGGAAAACUGUGUUAUGAAUUUUAACUAUUUUCUUUUCUUAUUUUGUUUUUGUGCUUUAAGUUCAUCGUGAUUAUUCAAAAAGAAUUUUGGCACGUACACAUUUUUAUCUCAUAGAUAUAAAUGGACUUUUUAAUCCA